CUCUGUUUGUAUUUGAGCUGGUUUCACAGAGCUCGAGCCUCUGUUUUCCUCUGGUUUUUGUUUUUUUUUUUCAUUAGAAUUCCUCAAGAGAAAAAGCUGCGGGGAUUGAGAGAGAAAAAGAAAGAGAUUGGGGAAAACUGAGUUGGAAUGGGAUGGUUUGGACUGACAUUUUGCAUGGGAUGGAUUCGAAAAUCGAGUCUUUGAUUCCUCUUCUAUAGGGCUCGAGUCUCAGAUCUUCAGCCAGAGAUAAUCCAGAGAGGAAAAAAAUCCGGAGAUUUUUUCUUUUCUUUUCUGGGUUUUUCUUCUACUCUCUGUCGUUCUGCUCUGUUCAUGGAUUUGAAGAGGUGGAGGCAGAGAUUCAUGUCAAAGGCGCCUAUUUUCUACUGCAUUUCGAUCUGCUUCUUCUCUGUUUGUGCUCUGUUCGGCACUCUCGGCACCAGAAGCUCAUGUCUCGAUAACAGAAGCUCGUCUGGUAGAAGAGCCGAUUAUUAUAACCAGGAAUUCCACAAGGGCUCAAUGAACCCAGAUGGCUACUCACUGGGCCCAAGGAGGUUUUUGAGUGGGCCUGGCUCGUCCCCACCACGGUGCACGUCAAAAUGCGGCCGGUGCACCCCAUGCAAGCCGGUCCAUGUGCCGGUCCCACCCGGCACGCCCGUUACGCAAGAGUACUACCCCGAAGCGUGGCGAUGCAAGUGUGGCAACAAGUUGUUCAUGCCAUAGAUCAAUUACAUAUGAAAUUAUUGAGUUUGUAUUCAGCAUUCAUAUGGUAUCAGAGCCCAGGCCCACUACGACGUGCUCUUUCAAAAUCGAGUGUAGGUAUCGAAAUAGUAUAUGGGUGUCGGGCACUAGUAAUUUCCUACUCAAAGAGGCCGAUUGAUCGGGUUUUCAACGGUGGAUUUGGCUUUAAUGUGUGGGAGUUCAUGUCGAUGUACGGUAUUUGAUUAUGUAAAUUUAAGGAAUAUUGAUAGCUGAUGUUAGCUUCUUUUUUUU